AUGACCAGGAUUUCGACGACGAUGAUUCCCUGCACUGAAACCUCCUUGCGACAACGGUGCGGCCGCCGGUGCACCGGUGCAGAUAACCGGGUAAGCAGAAUGUAUACAUGAGGUUUGGAAUGGGAGUCUUGCUGGCUGCGGCUUCACAGUGGUUGGGGGUUUUGUUCGGAGUUAUCUUUUGGGAAAAUGAGGAGGGGAUUGGUGUGUUUUCCUUCAGUCCUAGGGGGUGAGGAAAAUUUGGGAUGGGGGAUGAAGGUCGCAAGCGCAGGGAAGGGGGAUUAAUAGGGUCUGAGACCAGAGAAGACGGGCUGACAGAACGUGGGCUGACAGAACGUGGGCUGGGGUCCGGGGUGUAGUCAACGACGGGAUUCCGAUAGACGCCCCGAGGGGGGCGGUUAGUAGUAAUGUGGGACCCCCUCCGGCGAUCAUUCGUCCGAACAUUUAGUUGGCGCGGGAAUGUGUGCUAAUCUCUGUGAUACGCUAGGUUCCCGCCCGCUCGAGAAUUGGCGUGGAGCUUUGGAAGAAGGACGGGAAUCCGGUCGAUGCAGCUAUUGGUAACCUCUAUGUUUGCUCUAGUUAGGUUGCGGUGCUGAUGGACAUGCAAGGGACUGAGGUAUGCGUUGGGGUUGUGAAUGGCUUUGCCAGCGGUAUUGGCGGCUGGGGGUCCAUGGUUGUGCGUGAGGGUAAUGGGCGAUCUCAAGAUUACAAUUUUAGAGAAAUGGCACCGGGAAGCGCUUUUCGGGAUAUGUAGAAUGGUUUGUCCUCUUCCUUCUACAGUGCCUCUCCGCAUUUUAUCGUAGUGUCUCGGUUAAGGCACGGGCUGAGUUUGUACGCUAUUGCACAGCUGAUCUGCUAGAGGCACAGGUUGGCGGUCUCGCCAUUGUGAUCACUGGAGAAUUCCCCGGAUACACUACGGCAUACGCCCAGUCUGGCCGGAUUCGCUGCCAGGAUAUUUGGCAACCAUCGGUAGACUUGGUGAGAAGAAGUUUCCACAUCCAACUGACGCUGGCGGCAAUGAUCGUCAAGGAGGCACGAUGCUAACAACACAGGGACGAAUGGGAAUUUUUGUUUAACCAGGACACCAGUGAGCUCUCACCGGUUGGGGGACUCAGGAAGAGCCUGAGGGAGGAGUGUACAGGCACGCUUGAGGUUGUUGCUGGCAAGGGGGAGCAUAUUCACGAUAGGGUUUAUUCCGGGGUGCAGCAAUUCCAUAACGGGAGUAUUGCGAAGCAAAUCAUUGAGGCAGUGAACAAGCAUGGGGGUAUAUUGACAACUGAAGACUUUUUGAGGUAUUUGAUGACAGUCGAGGAUAUGCUCAAGACGAGCUUUGACGGACGGGAGGUCAUUACCUGCCCAUCUCCCUGCCGGUAUGUCCAACAGGUUUAG